AUGAAUAAACAGUGUUAUCAGUUACUACGGAACCUCAUCAUCACCCCCUAUACUGGUGACCACGACAGAGCCAUGGGAACACGGGAUAACCAGCCGCCGCCGACCGGCCAACCGCCAGCGGUUCCUGGAAACGCCGCCGCUAGUGAGGAGACAGCGCCCGCGCCCGCGACCGGCACAUCUAUGCCACCCGGCAGUAGUGAUGGGAGCGUGUCGAUAAACACGCACGAUGUGUUCAGAGUGGGAAUAAAAGUGCCUCCCUUUUGGCCAGAAGAGCCGGACAUUUGGUUUGCUCAGAUUGAGGGCCAAUUCGACCUACAGCGGAUUACGAGCGAUACUACAAAAUUCAAUUACGUAAUUAGCCAUCUAGACAACCAUCACUCCAGGGCCGUAAAGGAUAUAAUAAUAAAACCUCCUGCAAGCGGCAAAUAUGAAAAGCUCAAAGGUGAGCUCAUCAGAAGAUUAAGCGACUCGAAAGAAAAACGCAUCAAGCAACUGAUGAUGCACGAGGAGCUGGGCGAGCGGAAGCCGUCGGAGUUCCUGCGCCACCUCCAGGGACUGGCGGGCGUCAGCGUGGACGACGACUUCAUGAAGACUAUGUGGAUCGGCCGCCUGCCGCACGGAAUUCAAACAGUGCUAGCCGGGCAACCCAGUACAGCGACGCUCGAAGCCCUCGCCGACCUGGCGGAUCGGGUCAACGACCUGGCUUCAGCUUCGCCACGCGUGGCAGCCGUCGGCAAUGCAGUUCCCGGAUCGGUGAUCAGUGACCUCGCAAAAGAACUCGCGGAACUUCGGCGGGAGCUUCGGGAGUUGAAGACUGGACCUGGUCGAAGCUCCAGAUCCCGCACCUCAUCCGCGCAGGGCAGCCGCAACAGCUCCAGGCAACGCUCCGAAUCGAAUUAUAGAAAAUACCCAACUUGCUGGUAUCAUAGCAAAUUCGGAGAGAAAGCCAGCAGGUGCACCCGCCCAUGUGACUACUCUUCGGAAAACGCGAAGGGCGGUCGAUAA